CAACGACACGGAGUGGGCCAUCAUGCAUAGACUGCUCACAGUCAUCCAGGAAAUGACCACAGCGCUGACCAAGGGGCCUGAAUGGCAGGAGGAAUAUUUCUUACAGGAUAACGUUCCCCCCGAUGCUUUGUUGUGGAUGGAAAUAGCACCGGCGGACAUCGCCUGCUCAGGCAGCCGGCAGGUGAGGCUGGUGGGGAGCUCAGGGCGCUGUGCCGGGCGCGUGGAGGUCUAUUCCGGUGGCAGCUGGAGCAGCGUGUGCCAGGAAGGCUGGGAGCUGCAGGACGCUGCCGUUGUGUGCCGUGAGCUGGGCUGUGGCACGGCCCUGGAGGCGCCGAGCUGGGCGCGCUUCGGUGCCGGCACGGGGCCGCUGUGGCCGUACAUGGCCGAGUGCUCCGGGAGCGAGGAGUCUCUCUGGGAAUGCGGGCGCUCGGAACAGCGCGAGUGCGGGCGCGGCCUCGGGGCAGGGGCCGUGUGCUCAGAGCAGAUGUCGGUGCGGCUGGCAGGCGGCCGCGGGCGCUGCCGUGGCUACCUGGAGGUGUCCUAUAACGGCACCUGGGGCCGCGUGUGCUCCGACGGCACCAGCACCGGCACCGCCGCCGCCGUGUGCCGCCAGCUGGGCUGUGGGCACCGGGGCUGGCUGUCGGCCAACUCCACCCAGCAGGCGUCCCGUGCCUGGCUGGCCUGGGUGGGCUGCGAGGACGGGGCCCGCUCACUCUGGGGGUGCCCCUCGGCACCCUGGCAGCUGCAGAGCUGCGGCGCUGGCGGGCACGCCCACGUGGAUUGUGAGGAGGACAGCGAUGGCAGCAGCGGGACAGACACCAGCCCAUAUCCGGAGGGUGCCAGCAGCACAGGUGUCCCCAGCAGCAGCACGCUGGCAGUGGGCGUGGGGACGGUGCCUGUGCCGACUGUGCUGUGCGUGGUGCUGGGGACGCUGCUGUGCCUGGCCCUGGGUGCCCUGGCCGUGCUGCUGUGCCGUGCCCGUGCCUGGCGCCGAGGCCGUGGCAGAGCUGCAGAUGCCAUCUCCAACGCUGUCUACGAGGAGCUGGACUACACGGCCAUGCCGGAGUACCAGGAGGUGCCCAGUGGCCCAGGUUCCCUGUCACAGGGAUGGGACAAGAAGCUGCCGUAUUCCAGCGGGGACAGCGUGGAGGGGAGUGACACGGAGGCAGCCCCAGGUAGGGCCCCAGGGCAGGAAGGCAGCGGGGAGAGCAGGGGAGAGGGGACACAGCCGGGCUGGGGAGCUGAGGGGACAAGUGCUCCCCUU